AUGGAAAACGAAACGGUGGGAUCACCAGGUAUCAACUCUACUGAUUCAACAAAGUCCACUCCUCUGGCCACUUCAUUAUCUCUCAUCGAGCAGGACCUGAAUUUGCAAUCCGCCAAAGCCGAUUAUGCAUUCACACAGGCUACUUUGAAACUUGCUCAAAACAGAAUCCAUGAGUGUCGACUCCGUCUCGCCAUAUGGCUCUCCGAUUGCACUGCCGGGGACGGAACCCUUUCCGCGAUCACGGCAGAAAAGGAACCAGCUCUCUUCGAUGCUCUAGUUAUAGCUCUCAAGAUAAUCAAGGAAGAGUCGGACACGAUUUUAAGAAGCGUACAAGAGAUGGACAAGGAAGCGGAGCAAGCUAUCAGGAAAUAUAUUUCUAAGUAUGAACAAAGUAUCAAACAUGCAUGCGAUAACCUCACCUUUAACCUCUACGAACUCGCUAAGCUUCAGAGUUCGGUCCAGAUGGCCACAGCAAUUCACCUUGAGAAAGGACCCGAAGCGGCACUGUACAAGGCUAUAAAGGAAGUUCAAGAUACGUCACGUAAUCGUUGUCUCAAAAACCACAUCAACUUAACUCGCAAGUUCAAAGUCGGGGCCCAAAUGUGGUCAGUGAAUAGCCCAAAGCUUGGACCUAUAUCCAGUGGCUUCUACAACAACGACAAACUGCGUCUCGAAACAUUCGAUAUUCGUGUCUUACAUCUUCACCGCGGAUCUGGCCAGGACGACAUCAUGUGUACGUUGGAGAAAAAGCUACUGCCUCCGACAGUACUAGCUCCGACCGAAAGACAAAACGAGCGAUCUCAACAACCUGACCUGGACUGCAAGGCGUUGUCGUAUCAGUGGGGCAAUUCUAGGAGGAAUCUGCGCAAGAUCCAGUGCAACGGAGUUGGCUUCAUCGUCACAAGCAAUCUCUACUCUGCCCUGGUUCAUCUUCGUAGCCCGGAUUCCGACAUUACUCUCUGGAUUGACGCCAUCUGCAUCAAUCAGGAAGAUAAUGAGGAGAAAGGCAACCAGGUUCAGAGGAUGGGCGAGAUAUAUCGCCGCUCGAAGUGCACAAUUAUCUGGCUCGGAGAUGGCGGCUUUCUAUCCCGGGCAGCCUUCCGAGCGUGCUGCUUAACGGCGAGAACAUCGGUAGAUCAGGGCGGACCUGAUUCACCGCCUCUGCCAACACUCACACGAUCUUGGGAUCCCCCGCCUAUCUUCCGUCCAUUCCUGAUUCUCCUACUCUUGCGGCGCUCUUACUUCACUCGAACAUGGAUCAUUCAGGAGGUUGCCCUGAGCCAAAGCGUUGAGGUUGUCUGCGGCGACGACAAGAUACCCUGGGGCGACUUUGUCAUUGGGAUCUCUACCGUUCUGGUUCCUGCUUUUGGAAGCAAAGGUACUGCCUGUAUGGGCAAUAUCCUGAUAGCUCGGGCCAUGUUGCCAUGGGCAGCUCGCAGCGGUCGAAACGAUCCAGCCUGGGCUUUUCAGACUAUGAUGCAAGACGCGGUGCCGCAGAACAAGAACAUACUGUCCAUGGCGGCUUUGUUCAGACGCAGUCACGCUACUCAACCUGUCGAUAAACUUUUCGGCCUUCAAGGUCUUUGCGAAGAGAUCCAAAAGGGAAGUACCUACGGCAUUGUGCCAACAUACAAUUGGGACGAUUCAUUCCACACACGCCGUGUCUACAUCAGCACGGGCAGAAUCAUUUUGUCGUCACAAAAUGGUCUGCAGUUAUUUUCAGCCGUUAAUCGGCGGUCGCACGUCAAUUGCUUCCAUAUAGCGAGAGAACAAAGAGUGGAACUACCCACGUGGGUACCAGACUGGAGUGAUACGGGCAACGUAGCUACACCUCUGAGCCUGUUACUGGCCCAGAAUCGCACCUUUGGUUUAGAUCGCGAUGAAGAGUACCACUUCGAGUCACAUCAGCCGAGUUCAGACGAAGACUCACCAAAUAUCUGGCUGUCAGGGCGUUGUUUGGAUGAAAUCUCAGAGUUCGGUGAAGUAUGCAAUACGGAAGAAGCUCAAAGCAGCGUCUGGUUUAGCCUCAGGUUUACCUUCACUAUGUCGGAGUGUCAUCGCCUCGAGGUCCUCAGCAACUGGGAGAGACAAUUCCGCCCUCGUAUGCCGGGAGAUACCUUUUGGCAGAACUUCAUAUCCACCGUGACCUGUGGGUCAAAAAGCAUCUAUGAUGAAGGCAGCAUUAUGCGGUGUCUCGCCAGCUAUCGUUCCAGGAGUGUCCGAAAUCUACCUUCACUAGUCCAGGCAAUCUUUGCAACCCUCUUCAUGCUGCCGCUUGGUAUUACUCCCCAUAUCAGCAAGUACCUAUGGUUUCUGCCCAGCAAGGCCGAUGCUCUGCUCCCUUCGGCUGGAGAUGCCGGCGCCAAUGCUGGUACAGUUGUCAAGGCUGUGCUAGAGCACCCGGAGAAGGCCAAGGGAAAGAUUGUUCCCGUAGGUGCGGAACACAUUCCCGUCACGACCGCUUUGGAGGCGUGGGAGAAGGUGACCGGCAAAAGCGCCAUCUAUGGCGAAGUGUCGGAUGCCCAUUUUGAGAAGACUUUUGGACCCUGGGGGACGGAAAUGGUCAAUCCACUUCGGUUCAGCGAGCAGUUCCCGCGAUGGAACGCCUUGUUCCCAGAGCGAACUGUCACUAUUGACCAGAUUAUUGGAACUGAGGGCGGCCUGGGCUCUAUCAAAAAGAGAGCUGGACUCGAGCAGCUGAUUUCUGGAUAUGAAUGGAAACAAGAUCCAUCUAGGACGCCACCACCGCGACGCGACAGAGAAUCCAUGGAUGCCUGGCUCGCCUUGAAGGGUGGGGCGGGUGAGCCAGUUCCCCCUUCUGCCCCUUUUCCUCUUCUCUUCUACAACACUGAACCCGACAAGAUGCAAAUUCUACAGACGGUGCGCUACUGUGCCCGCCGUGCCUGGGCACAGUUCAAGAGCCUAUGUCUUUCCGUCAGACUUGUCUUUCUUAUCUUAUUGCCUUUCGCAGGUUUCACCAUACUGCUCGGAUUUGUGCAGGGCCUCAUCUUCGGCCCAUGGUACAUGCGGGAUAUGCAACAGAACGCACACCUACUUCUAUCGAAUGUUGUAACAGUCAAGUCAUACGGCUGGUUUGACGGGUCUGGCGGGCCAAGCUGGCUUGACAAGAAACGAGCACCAUUUCACAUACAACAGCUCCACAAUCCUCUCGACUGGCACAAGAAGUUAGGACUUGACCGACCCGAGGGCUGGCAAACUGAAGGUGCCGAGAAUCUAGCAAGUCUAAGAGAUUUGUAUCGUCAGCGAUUUGGUGCCUCUCAAAAGCCUUUGGACCGUUGGAUCUACGCUUCGCCGCAGCCAAACCCCCUGGACGAGAAUGUCGAAUUUGUUGACCCAUGGGAUGAAGCUUUUCUUGAGCUACUUCGUCACAGAGAUGAACAUGAGCUUUUACGCCGAGCCAACUUUCAUUACCUAGCUUGCCCGACGAGCUUCCUAUGCAAUGCUUGGCGGGUGACUGGUCCAGCACUACUUCAUUUCAGCACGCAGCCCCUCCCCGAAAACAGCACCGCAAUUCGGGUACCGCGGGCAAGGAACCGAAAGCCAAUUUAUGAACCUGUAUCUGUCCGAGUGUUUGAGUUGCCGCUGCGGGAACCAGUUAUCCCAGGAGUCUUCCCAAGCUUCUUCGAACAAAUGAGAGUCAUUACAGCAAGUGAUUCAGGAUUCUGGACUUCCAAAGGCACGCACUCGGACUUUGAUCAAAUGAUAAACCAGUGCAAACGAAUAUCCAAGAGACUGGAAAAGGUGUACCCGUGGACAUACGGUGCGCUAGUCAAGGUAGAGGAUAAGUGGACGAAUGUUUGGGCCAUGGAAGAUACAGUGUUAAUCCUCGGCGCUCGACUGGUUUCUACUGCUCUCUCAGCGGUACCGAUUGUACUUGGCACUCGAUUGUGGGAAAAUAUCUCAAGCCGCUACAGGAAUUCCACGAAAGAGAACGAUGGCACAGAUUCUGCCGAAACAGACCCUGUAGCUCAAACACUUCAGUCCUUUCUUGAUAUCUUGGGCGAUGAGCAUAAGGAGAAGUUCAGACAGACCACAAAUGGACGAAAGCUUUUAGAAAGGAUUGAGAGUGGUCUAGCAAACAAAGAGUGGAAGACUGGAGAUGAAAUCUUGGGUGAGAUUGCUGAUGCAAUGGGAGGAGAUAGGAAUGGAAUGGUGAAGGAUCGAUGGUGA